AUGCUGGAGGUUAAACCCAAUGGGCAAUCCACAAAAACCUUUGCUGGAGGUUACACAAAGAGAAAUAAUAUUCAAGAGAUCAAAACCCAUUUGCUGGAGAUAGAAAUCAAAAGAAAUAAUAUAUUAGAAAUCAAAACCCAUUUCAUAUUCAAGAGAAAUAAUAUAUUCAAGAGAAAUCAAAACUUUGCUGGAGAUAGAAACAGAGUUAGAAACCCAUUUACUGGAGGUUACACAACCAAAACUUUUCAGUCCAGAACCGAAACGAGCGAGCUGGACAGAGAGAUGGAGAAGAUGAAUUCGGCCGUCGAUGAGUCACUUGAUGAAUUUUUUUUCAAGUGUCUAUUCCCAGAAGUGUACUCUUCUUACACCUCUAUCAAUAAUGAGAGCAUACCCAUUGAAACUUCCGAACAAAUCGUAGCCGAAAAUGUCAGGACUGACACCAAUCACAAUAUGGCACUCGUUGACUCGUCCACUUUCAACGAUAAUGAUAUUUCGUUGAAGCAGUUGGGCUCACCAUCGACCCAGCCAGAGCAACUCAAUGGUGCAAAUACAUACUGUAUUGGGAAGCCUAACGACGAUGAAUUGAUGUCUCAAGAAAACAUGAACUUGUCGUCGCCACUGAAUUCUGGACAGAGUUCGGAAGAGAACCAAAAUAAUGCAUCGGAAACUAGGAAAAGAAACAAAAGGGUUGGAGGCCGAACUAGGGGAUCGUUGCAUGCCCGAAAUCACAUUUUGGCAGAGAGAAAGCGUCGCGAAAGACUAAGCCAGAUGAUCAUCUCUCUCUGCGCCCUCAUUCCAGGCCUAGCCAGGAUGGACAAGGCUUCAAUUCUGGAAGGUACUGUUAAGUACAUAAAGCAACUUCAAGAGCGUGAGAGAACUUUGGAGAAAGUGUGCAAGAGAAAACUGGUAGAGCCAACUGCAUUUCCUGUGAAGAGAUUUCAAUCUUCUAACGACGAUGAUGAUGUUUCAUCUGAAGAUAACUUUGAUGAAAAGUUGAAGCAAUUAUCUCCUGAAAUUGAAGCAAGACUUUCUGAAAAUAAUGUGCUCAUUAGAAUUCACUGUGAGAAACGUCAUCGUACUGAUAUACCGGCAAAAAUAUUAAGCGAAAUGCAAACACUUCAUCUGAAUGUCACCAAUAGCAUUGCUGUUCCAUUUGGCAAUGCCGCUAUUGAUAUGACUAUUAUCGCUCAGAUGGACAAUGGAUUUAACAUGACAGCGAAGGAUCUUGUGAAAAACCUAAGGUUGGCUCUUGUAAAGUUGCUGUGA